AUGAAGGUUAGCAAAAGAUUCAAUACCUCGCUCCUCGAGUUUUCGUCGCGCAAGAAAUCGAACACCCUUUUGGGGGGCACCGGGAGCCAGAAGGAAGUUGCGGCACUUAGCACGAUUCCCGGAGGCCUGCCCGGGUCGUCCAUGCUUUUCCGGGUCAUGACCCGAACAUCGUCGGGCCCACUUCCUGACAUGGUCGUCCACGUCCACCCAACGUCUCGCCCCAAAUGCGGUACCCGAGCUGAUGAGCGGCUUGUAGAUGUUGUGGACCGCUCUAUCGUCCACCUCCACAUGUUCGACCCAAGUGACCUAAAAAGAGUUGGAUAA